UUGAUACUCCUGCAGUCAUGAUGAGUAUUUUUACAAAGCAAUCAUGUUUCGCAUAUUCUCUCACAAAGAUUUAACAAAAGUGAAUUCUGAAGCUUAUUUGUUUGGAUCUGGAAACUUUUCUAGUUGUUGUUGUGUAGUUGAGAUGGUGUUACGCAUACGCAGAAAGAGGAAUCUUUAAAUGCAGAUUCAUGUGUGACAACUGACACAAGAAGCUGCUGAUAUUUCUCUAAUUUGGGUGCCGACACUGAGACAUUGACACUGCAGCGUGUUUUAUGACUGCAGAAAUCACUAUGGCGACAUCACUCAUGAUGUCACUUCCUCUGAUCUUCGUGGUCAUGACUGCGGGGGGUGAUGGUCUGCAGGAUUGGGGAGUGAAUUACAGCCCUUCAUAUGUUUGUGCAUUAAAGGGAACAACAGUGAAAAUGUCCUGUACUUUAAAAUAUCCCAGUGAUUAUAAUAUUAAAACAGUCUUCUGGACCAAACCUGCUGUACCUGAUGGAGAUCUACCAAAGCUGUGUUUAGAUCCAGAAAACAGAGGAAGAGUUCAGUGUGACAAAGAAAAUGAAGACACUUACAGUAUCACUCUGACAGAUGUAACAGAAGCUGAUAAACACAUCUACUACUGCAGAUUCAUUACAUACACUGAGAAGGGAAAAUGGACGGGGAUUCCUGGAGCUCAGCUGGACGUCACCGACCUGCAGGUGGAGACACAGCAGAGUGUGAAAGAGGGAGAUUCAGUCACUCUGAAAUGUAAAAGCAUCUGCUCUCUGCCUCAACAAACAACAUUCAUCUGGUUCAGAAACACACAGAGAUUAACUACAGGAACCGUGAGAGAGAAUCAGCUUCAGCUGCAGUCAGUCAGUCGUCAAGAUGAAGGAAACUAUCAGUGUGCUGUUUCAGGAUAUGAGCGUCUGAUCUCUCCUCCUGUUUAUCUUAAUGUUGAAUAUCCUCCACAGAGCGUCUCGGUGUCCAUCAGUCCGUCUGGUGUAAUAGUGGAGGGAGAUUCAGUGACUCUGAGCUGCAGCAGUGACUCAAACCCUCCUGCUCUCAUCUUCAGAUGGUUUAAGGAGAAUCAAAGCUCAUCUGUUGGAUCUGGACAGAGUUUCAUCAUCUCCAGCUUUAGCUCCAGUCACAGCGGACGCUACUCUUGUGAGGCUCAGAAUCAACAUGGAUCUCAGAGAUCAGACUCUGUUUCAGUCACUGUUGAAGGGACUCAGAGAGCUGUUCUGCAAACAGUUACUGGGAUUGUGGCAGGAUUGAUCAUCAUCAUCAUCAUCAUCAUCAUCAUCAUCAUUGUGUUUAUGAAGUGAGUUCCUGCAUCACGA